AUUGAGAUCUGCAUUGUAGGUUAUUGAAUUUGGCUUCGUCCUCGUUCACUUCAAGAAAUUAAUUUGCAUAAUUCAGUUCUUACUUAUUGUUUUGAUAUUUUUAGGAAAAACUGCUUUUAUGAAGAGACAUCUCACUGGUGAAUUUGUGAAUGAAUACAAUCGUAAGAAUGAUAUGAAGUUUUAAUUUGUUGCAUUUUCUCUGAAUCUGUAUUAUUGGACAUGUAAAAACAUUGUGUGUGUGUAGCGACUACUGAAAUGGUCGUUCAGCCACUAGAUUUCUUCACAAACCGCGGACAGGUGGAAUUUGAUUGCUGGGAUUUUUCAGGGAAGUAGAAGGGUUCUCCUUGACAGCUGGAUCCCUAUUAGUAUGUGAUUUUUUUGUUAAAAUUUAGUCAUAGUAGCAGUCACCUUGUGUUUGUUUAAAUUAAUGGUAAAAAAAGCUGGCCAAACUUUGUAAUAUUCUGCAUAACCAGUGUUUGUGAGGUGAAGUAUCAACAGUGGCCUGUUUAUUUGAAUGAUAUUAUGUGGCUGAUAUUAUUAAAUGCAGCAUUGGUGGAGACUGCACGAUUAUAAUGUUUGAUGUAACAGACUCGGUGACUCACGAAUUUGUUCCAGCUUGGCAGAAAGAAAUUCAUUGGCUCUGUGAUGAUAUUCCGACUAUACUUUGUGGAAACAAGGUAGAUAUGAACAACCAGCAAGUAAAUGUGCGGGAGGUUGAGAAUCUGCAGUAUUGUGAAAUUUCUGUAAAGAGUAACUACAACAUUGAGAAGCCAUUUCUGUAUCUCGCUAGAAUGCUUGCGGGGGACCCUGGCUUGCAGUUUGUGGAGGCUCCAACAUAUACUCCUCCCGAAGUCUGAAGCAGAGCUUGUUUUGCAGCUGCAAACCAACCCCUCCCUGACUGACCAGUCUAACUUGUUGGAAUAUCUCGGUCUUUAUCGCACUGUAUCUUUACUCAUAUGCACUUCAAAUAUCAGUUCUGUUAAGAUUUUGAGUGACAUGAAUGUUAAGAUAUAUGUGUGUGGCAUAUCAUCUCCUGCUACAAGUGGUAGCAGGCUGAACGUACUACUGAGCUUUUAGACAAAAACUUUUGUCCAACUUGUUAGUGUUUCUCUUAAGGAGAACUAUUACACGUAUAAUCAGUAUAAGAAUU